AUGCUAUCUCAACAACUUGAUGUACCAUUAGAGGCAGUCUGUUAUUAUUCGGACAGUAAAGUUGUUUUGGGAUACUUGAAUAACACAAGCAGGAGAUUCUAUGUUUAUGUCUGCAACCGUGUUGUAAGGAUUCUCAAAUCUUCCUCACCUUCUCAGUGGCUCCAUGUGAUCUCUGAAGAAAAUCCAGCUGACUUGGGGACUAGAAGCUGUGAUGCUUCCCAGUUGCAAGAGAGCUUAUGGCUGAGAGGACCGUCGUUUCUCUAUUCAGAGCAUAUUGUUCUGGGCAACGAUGCAUUCCCACUGAUGAAUUCUGAGUUUGACAAAGAAAUACGUCCAGGUGUGGAAGUGAAUAAGACACAAUUAAUGAAUAGUGCCCGUCUUGGUACCAGCCGUUUCAAACGUUUCUCAAAAUGGAAAACCCUUGUGUCAGCUAUCACUCUUCUUCUGAAACUUGAUGACAGAGUCAGGCUUAAAGACAACAAGGAAAACUGUAUGGACCUGAAAUUGAUUCAGAGGGCUGAAAACCUCAUUUUGCGAGAGGUCCAAUGCAAAACAUACCAUCAGAAGAUUUCCGCUUUACAAAAGCAGAGACCAUUGCCAAGCAAGAUUUUUCUUCUUACACUCACUUCGUAUCGGAGGAAGACUUAA